AUCUUGUGAACAGAAAUGCCAAAAGUCAAAAGGAGCCGGAAAGCUCCCCCAGAUGGUUGGGAGUUGAUUGAACCAACGUUAGAUGAAUUGGAUCAAAAGAUGAGAGAAGCGGAAACAGAACCUCAUGAAGGAAAGCGGAAAGUGGAGUCUCUGUGGCCCAUCUUCAGAAUCCACCACCAGAAAACCCGAUACAUCUUCGACCUCUUCUAUAAACGCAAGGCCAUCAGCAGAGAGCUGUACGAGUACUGCAUCAAGGAAGGCUACGCCGACAAGAACCUGAUCGCCAAGUGGAAGAAGCAGGGCUACGAGAACCUUUGCUGCCUGCGCUGCAUCCAGACCCGGGACACCAACUUCGGGACCAACUGCAUCUGCCGGGUCCCCAAAAGCAAGCUGGAAGUGGGCCGGAUCAUCGAGUGCACGCACUGCGGCUGCAGAGGCUGCUCAGGCUGA